AUGAAGCGUGCCCGCGGAGAACAGGCGUGCGAGGAGCCAAACCCUGCCGGUAGCCGGCCAAGGCAAGACGCUUUGGGGUUCCAAAUGCCGGCGUUUGAUCUCCCAGUGUGCGCAGUCGCAGAGCACACCUCCGGCAUUGCAGUUCCCCGCGAGGAUGCUGAGCUGCAAGGGAGGACGGUUGAGGAUCCGAUAGCCCUCUCAGAAAGGCGAAAUGACAGCGGCAGCCACUGCGAGGGGAGCUGCGAUCAUUCCUGCGAGGAAGAGGCCGAGGAAGAAGGCUGUUCCGGUUGUGCAGACUACAGGCUACAGGAGCGGCAGCUGGAAGAGCAGCGCAGGCUGAUGGCAGCCCUGCACUCGAGGAACUGCAUGCUGACUGCGCUCAAUAGCAACCUCAUCAUGCAGCUGAACCUGCUGAGAUCGAUUGUGCCUGUGGAGCGCAGAGAGUCUCGCUCGCUGCACCUUCGCAUUGCCCUGCCAGGUGAGUAUGCGGUUGAGCCGGUGCAGCCGAGCAAGGAAGGGAGGGUGGCAGAGGAAGACACACCUUCCACAGGCCCUAUGCUUCACAUCUGGGUCAACUCUGACAUGGCCGUCGAGGCUGUGCGGCAGAGCAUGCACAACUUUGUGACAGCGCCAAUGGGCCAGGAUUGGUUCCUCAGCCUCAUGAAGGACGGCGCCCAAAUUGAGGAUGCUCAAACUCCCGAGUCCCUGCAUCUGGGUGAUGGCCACCUGAUCUAUGCAUCUCUGGGGUCUGAGCAAACAGCUGCAGCUUGA